AUGAAUCGCUAUGUCAUUGCCCCGAAGGUAGUGAAGCUCGCCCUGGACCCUGUCUUAACCGCCCAAUUCCGCACCCUCGACGCCUCUCUCCGCUGGCGCACGCUCACCACCAACCUUGAAAGCUGCGAAUCACCGCCCUACCUCUACUUCCGUGUCAGCUUGCAGCUCAAGGCGGGCAACACAACCUACGCCGGCUUCGCCACGGGCGCCCCGUUUAUGCUCACACGCGACAAAAAUGUCUCCAAGCGCGCCUUCUUCCUGCGCCACUGGGUGCGCUCGGCCCCUGAACACGAAAACACAAAGGCCCCUCUCGUCGUUCUUCCGCACAUGGCCUUGGCCGCCGAGCACGAGGAUGUCCUGCUCAUCCGCGUCAACAUCGACCGCCCGCUCGCCUCGGAGGAUAUCUUCAAGUCCAUUCCGUUCGCCACAUGGAUGUUCCAGGUCGUCCAGGUCGAUGCCGUCAUCCAGGAAUUCCCGGGCAUCCGCUUUGCUUUCGCUAUCGAACGCACAGUCACCACCGAGGAACGCGAACUCGUCACCGUGAGGAAGGGGCUCCCAAUGACCCCGCAGCAACUCAAGGCAGCAAACUCGGUGCUUCCCAGACCGAGUUCGAUCCCAUCGCCGCAGACCCAUGCCGCGGUGCGCCAAACGGCAGGGCAUCCCAUGCAACCCAGCAGACAACACUCCUCGUAUUCGCCCGUCACCCCCAGGCCCCCCGCAGCGGCCUAUCAACCCAACCCGUAUGCAUACUCAUCCGGGCGCUCUCUUGGGCUUCAAAUGCGGCAGAAUGUGUCCCCGCGAGUGCCGUAUCAUACGCAGCAUCAGCCUGUCAAGCUCACGUCCAGGGCGCAAGGCAGGUCAGGGUCGAUGGCCACAGGUGGAACUGGCACGCAGUCGAAUGCUGACAACCUGAGACCGGUUUUGCAUCCAUACCUGAGGCUUUGGGAGGACCGUGAUUUGGACGAUCCGUAUGAACCGAUUUUUGUGACAGAAGAUGACGAAUUCGAUAGAAAAGCGAGGAAAUCCUGGCUAGUGGAAGACAAGGCUCCGUAUGCAGAGCAGUUUGAAUAUCAGAACCUGUUCGGAGUGCCGAGUUCAGAUUAUCCCAUGUACUUCUUCAAAGGUCCGUCGUUGUCCAACGUUGACGGGGAACCAGAUAUUGAGGUCGUUGUGCAUCGGAAGCAGCAAGUGAAAGUAGAAACUUCAGAAGUCUCUGGUGCUUCGGAAGAGAUCAAUUCGCAUGCCCGAAUCGGUGGUUCCGACACUUACUCGUCAGCCGUCCUCGAGGCUGCACAGUACAACUCGAUUUUGAGGCGGGAUCGGACUGAGUUAAGAAAAUGGUUGGUCGAAGACGUCCAGAGGGAAGGCGAAGAAAGCGAACAAGAGGAAGACGAAGAAGAUGGUGAUGGUGAUUACUCUGACUGA